AUGCAGGGAAGGCACUUGAAAACGAGAGAGGUCGAGGGGGUUGAUUUAGGGGGCUCCUUCGUCGUCGGACUUAGAAGAGGUCAUGUGGAGGCUAGCCCGGCGGAGGAGGCAGACGAGGGGGUGGAGCGCCGAGGGCGCCACCGGCCGCGGGCGACGGAGGACAGCCGGUGGGCUAGUGCUGGGGCGAGAGAGGCGACGCGGACCGUGGAGAUCAGACGGCGGUGCCGACCUCCCUCGAACACGGAUCGUGGAGUGGACCUGGGCGGCGGGAACUUGUUGCAGCGCAGCGCGUGGAGGUCAGACCGGCGGGGCACCGCGGCCGGGCCCGGCCGGCGUCAUCGGAUCCUCCGCCCGCCUCACCCGCCUUAUCUCUCCCCGCCUCUUCCUCCUCCUGCGGCCCUGCUCCUGCCUACCACCCUGCAUUGCCUCGCGCAGUUGAUAGACUGGGCCGAAGGUGGAUACUUAAUGCCUCGGGGAGAAAUAGUUAUUGGAGGUCCAAAUGUAACGAAAGGCUACUUGAAAAAUGAAGCAAAAACAAAUGAGGUCUACAAGGAUGAUGAAAGAGGCAUGCGGUGGUUCUACUCUGGCGACAUUGAGCGUUUGCACCCAGAUGGCUGUCUUGAAAUCAUUGAACGAAAGAAGGACAUAGUCAAGCUUCAACAUGAUGAAUAUGUAUCUCUAUGAAAGGUGGAGGCUGCUUUGAGUUCAAGCCCAUAUGUUUGACAACAUCAUGGUCCAUGCUGGCCCCUUCCACAGCUACUGUGCUGCACUUGUUGUAGCUGCACACAGUGAGCUAAAAGACUGGGCCUCAAAACAAGGAAUCGCAUAUACUGAUUUUUCAGAUUUGUACCAGAAGCAAGAGACAGCCAAAGAAGUCCUCCAGUCUUUAGCAAAAGUAUUUGUGUUCUCCCUUCAUUUCAAUUGAUUUGUGGUUGUUCGACUUCUAAAAGCAUUGCACAUCUGAUUGAUUUAGCAAUUCAUUCAUGAUCCCCAUCAACACAUUUCCUUCUUCAGUUUAAUUCUUCAGUAAUGAUUGCAUUUACUGGAAGAUUUAACAAUACAUGAUCUCUUCGUUAUUCUUAUUUCUCAUUGAGAAAUACAGCGAAAAUGUGCUGUAGGCUGUAGCUGUACCGAUAUGAGAAAAAGAGGAUCUGUUGGACGUCAUGUGUCACCAGGAGAAUCAGGAAGUGACAGGAGUAUUAAACCCAUGCACAUACGCAGAACAAAUUGAAUGUUGCAGGCAUCUUAGGUACUGCAUGAUACGCUGCUAAUGAUGGUAACUCGACUGUGCUGAUAUGUGUGUGUUUUUCAGGCUGCUAAGCAAGCGCUACUGGAGAAGUUCGAGAUCCCAGCCAAAAUCAGGCUGAUACCGGAGCCUUGUACACCAGAGUCGGGCCUCAUUACGGCAGCCCUCUAGCUCAAGAGGGAGGUCAUCAAGAAGGCAAACGAGGAGGACCUUGCUCAGUAGUACAGCUACUUUUGCUGCAGGGUUUGCUUAGUUGCAAAAACAGCAAACUUCUUGCCAAGAAUGUGUAGAGUUUCCCUGGACCCUAAGAGGGGACUGUACUUUGUGGACUUGACGAUUCCUUUAAUACCUAAGAGCAAAUGUAUUAUGCCAACACACCUUUGUGGAAUCCUGUUGAAUUUUUUAC